UUAAUCUGAACAGAACCGCGGAGUCGACCUGGUUCUCCUCUCCGGCCGGGGUUGCGCGGUUCCUGCCUGGUUCAUCCACCAGACCUCAGCUCUGUCACCGCAUCUCUGUCGUCGCCGCGUUAAUGAAACCGUGUAAUGUGCAGCGACAAUGAGGAGCCUAACCACACCUUUGGAAGUGGACGUCUCUCCCGCAGCCUCCUGACCAACUUUCGCUGCGCACUGAGAUGCGCCCGACGCCAGAGGAGCUGGAUGAUGAACCCUCUGCGCUGCCUCUGACUCCGAACCGCAGCUUCCACUGACAUUUCGCUCCCGUCGCGCCCGUCAGAAGACCGAGGGGGUUCCUAUGUAUUUGAGGGGUGAUCCCACCCGCCGCUGGCUGAGCUGAGUCAUUUCAAAGUUUGCUGGAGAAUCUCACUGAAGGUUUGCGGCGUUCAUCAUGACGGUCCGUCUCUCACGGAUCCAACUGGCCCUGUUCUUCAUCCUGCUGUGUCCGGUCAACAUCAUCGGGCUUUGGUGGGCGGUGGGCAGUCCGCUGGUGAUGGACUCCAACAGUAUCUGCAGGAAGGCAAAGCGACUGGCAGGAAAGCAGGCCGAGCUGUGUCAGACUCAGCCGGAGAUCGUCAGUGAGGUGGCCAAAGGAGCCCGGCUGGGAGUCAGGGAGUGCCAGUACCAGUUCAGGUACCGACGGUGGAACUGCACCAGCCAUAACAGAUACUUUGGCAAAAUACUGCAGCAAGAUAUUCGAGAGACGGCGUUUGUUUACGCCAUCACCGCGGCGGGGGUGACUCACGCCGUGACCCAGGCCUGCAGUAUGGGCGACCUCCUGCAGUGUGGCUGCGAGGCCACCAGGAACAGAGCUCCACCCAAGCCACCGUCCUCCUCCUCCUCCUCCGAGGACGGGGUCAAGUGGGAGUGGGGGGGCUGCGGAGAUGAUGUGGAGUUUGGUUACGAAAAGUCCAAACAGUUUAUGGACGCUAAGAGAAGGCGGGGCAAGAGUGACAUCAGGACGCUGAUCGAUCUGCACAACAACGAGGCCGGGCGGCUGGCAGUGAAGCUCUUCAUGCAGACAGAUUGUAAAUGCCACGGCCUGUCGAGCUCGUGCACCUUACGUACGUGCUGGAAGAAGAUGCCUCCCUUCCGUAAGGUGGGCGACCACCUGCUGGAGAGAUUCAACGGUGCGUCCAAGGUGAUGGGGGGCAACGACGGAAAGACCCUGAUCCCCGUGGGCCAGAACAUAAAACCUCCCGAUAAGCAGGAUCUGAUCUACUCGGACGAGUCUCCCGAUUUCUGCCUGGCGAAUCGGAAAACGGGUUCCCUGGGGACGCGGGGACGCAUGUGCAACAGCACGGCCAUGGACAUCAGCGGCUGCGAUCUGCUGUGCUGCGAGCGCGGCUACAGGGAGGAGACGGUGGUGUUCGAGGAGAAUUGUCUGUGUCGUUUCCACUGGUGUUGCGUGGUGCAGUGUAAGAAGUGCCUGGUCCGAAAAGAUCUGAGUCUCUGCCACUGAUGACCCGAGGUCCAGGUCGCACAUAAGGUCAAAACGCGGUCCGCGGCCCCUUAUAUUGUCCUUCAGAAACCCCCGGGGGCGUGAUCUCUGCAGACGUUGUCGGAGGAUAGGCCGCACCGUCCGUUUUCAUCGCCCGAAAUUUGGUCCAAUUGGAAUAAAAGCCGCAGCUUUAUUUUGUUGACGUACAGUACGAUUGUUCCCGUUUCACUUUAUUUAGUUUAGUUUGAGAGAAUCCUCAGUGAUCCCAGUGUCGACACCGCCACAAGGACGACGUUGUCCACGAAGUUUAAUAUUAGGCCAAAAUCUCCUCGGUUUGUGGGCCAUCGGACGGCUCAAAAAAAGGGAAACAAAACGACGUGACGUAGAGGGAUGAAAUAAAAGAACACGUUCGUUUCUGAACUUCCUGUUGUGUUUUUCUAGUUAAAGAAAAAGGACCAAAGAAUGUGAAAAUGUGUUUCCAUCCAACUGGAAGACGGAGACCUGGACUAACUCCAGGCUGCCACUUCU